UACUUCGCUGCCUUAUCCACCCGUCUAGCGUUCUCGUCUCUUCUCUUCUCCCCCAAAUCGAUCAAUCGAUCGAGAGAUGAUGGCUUCGAGCAUAGCGAAGCUGCCGUUCCCCUUCCACCAUUGCCGCAGCUGCUUCUCCUCGAAGGCGCCCAGAUCCGUCCCCAAUUUCCACCAUUGCCCCAGCUCCUUCUCCUCGAUCCGCCGUUCGCCGCUGCUGCUCCAGACGGUCGCCUCGUCGGUCGACGUCUCGAAGGAGGACAAGCCGGUGCUGUCUACGGAGCCAGGCCCGGAGGGGGAGGCCGACGGCGGCGGUGGUCCGAAGCUGGAUCCCCGGCGGCUGGAGGAGAAGUUCGCGGUGCUGAACACGGGGAUCUACGAGUGCCGCUCCUGCGGGUACCGGUACAACGAGGCGGCGGGGGACCCUGCGUACCCGAUCCCGCCGGGGUUCCAAUUCGAGAAGCUGCCGGACGACUGGCGCUGCCCCACCUGCGGCGCCGCCCGGUCGUUCUUCGAGAGCAAGAGCGUGGAGAUCGCGGGGUUUGCGCAGAACCAGCAGUUUGGCUUCGGAGGCAACUCGCUCACCUCAGGACAGAAGACCUUGCUCAUCUAUGGCGGCCUCCUUCUAGGUUUUGUCUUCUUCAUCUCUGGCUACUUCUUGCAGUGAAAUGUGUUAAGCAAAUCCCCAAUCUUUAUUCUCUCAUACACUAUAUAAAAAAUAUAGAUAUUUUCUUUAGUUUAAUUUUA